UUUACCCUAACGAAAAAACACAGGUCUUAGACAGCACAGAACAGAACAGAGCUCGCCUCGUAGAAUCCGCAGUUCCGUUUGGAGGGAGACAAGUGCAACUCCGUUAGUAACGCCCAGCACUCCAAAAAGUGAGACACACUUUCUCUUCACUUCGCAUUCGCUUCUCCUUUCAUUUCGUUCAACUCUGUUUCUCUCUCUCUCUCUCUGCCACGCGCCGCCAUGUCGGUCUCGCAUUCCCUCAAUCUCCGCCUCUUCGCCCCUCCCCCCACCGCCAUUCCCACCCACGCCCCUCUCCCCCCUACCAACCUUCUCUUCCCUCGCCACCGCCGUCUCCCCUACCUCCGUGCCUCCUCCUCCCCGGAAAUCCUCGUCUCUGACAACAACGGCGUCCCGGCCCCGCUCUCCGAUCCGAGCUCCAUCGAGGUGGACGCCGUGACGGAGGCGGAGCUUAAGGAGAACGGGUUCCGCAGCACGCGGAGGACGAAGCUGGUAUGCACGGUGGGCCCCGCCACGUGCGGGUUCGAGCAGCUGGAGGCCCUGGCUGUUGGAGGCAUGAACGUGGCGCGAAUCAACAUGUGCCACGGCACGAGGGAGUGGCACAAGGAGGUUAUUGACCGCGUCCGGCGGCUGAACCACGAGAAGGGCUUCGCCGUCGCCAUCAUGAUGGACACUGAAGGCAGUGAGAUUCACAUGGGUGAUCUCGGUGGCGCUUCCUCUGUCAAGGCCGAUGACGGUGAGAUCUGGACCUUCAGUGUGAGAGCCUUCGAUUCAACUCUCCCCCAACACACCAUCAAUGUCAGUUAUGAAGGCUUUGCCGAAGAUGUGCAAGUGGGGGAUGAACUUUUGGUGGAUGGAGGAAUGGUUAGGUUUGAGGUGAUUCAAAAAAUUGGCCCAGAUGUCGAAUGCCGUUGCACUGAUCCUGGCUUAUUGCUGCCGCGAGCCAAUCUCACUUUCUGGAGGAAUGGUAGUUUAGUCCGAGAAAGGAAUGCCAUGCUCCCUACUAUUUCUUCCAAGGAUUGGUUAGACAUUGAUUUUGGUAUUGCUGAGGGCGUUGAUUUUAUUGCCAUUUCAUUUGUGAAGUCUGCUGAAGUUAUUACUCAUCUUAAAAGCUACAUUGCUGCACGGUCUCGUGAUAGUGAUAUUUCUGUCAUCGCAAAGAUAGAAAGUAUUGACUCAUUGAAGAAUUUAGAAGAGAUCAUCCAAGCGGCAGAUGGAGCUAUGGUGGCACGAGGAGAUUUGGGUGCUCAAAUACCUUUAGAGCAGGUUCCAUCUGCUCAACAAAGGAUUGUUCAACUGUGCAGGCAAUUGAAUAAGCCUGUUAUUGUUGCUUCUCAAUUACUUGAAUCCAUGAUUGAGUACCCUACACCUACAAGAGCUGAAGUUGCAGAUGUUUCUGAAGCUGUCAGGCAACGUGCUGAUGCUUUGAUGCUUUCUGGUGAGUCAGCCAUGGGCCAGUACCCUGACAAGGCCUUAACUGUUUUAAGGAGUGUCAGUUUGAGAAUUGAGAAGUGGUGGAGGGAUGAGAAACGCUAUGAAGCUAUGUUGCUCCCAUCAGUUGGGUCUUAUUUUUCAGAAAAAAUAUCAGAAGAAAUCUGCAAUUCUGCUGCUAAGAUGGCCAAUAAUUUAGAGGUGGAUGCACUUUUUGUGUACACGAAGACAGGGUACAUGGCAUCUUUAUUGUCGCGAUGCCGUCCUGACUGCCCAAUCUUUGCUUUUACUACCACUCCAUCUGUGCGGAGGCGUCUCAAUCUCCAGUGGGGUUUGAUACCUUUCCGUCUGAGCUUCUCAGAUGAUAUGGAAAGCAAUCUCAACAGAACCUUUGCGUUGCUCAAGGCCAGAAAUCUCAUCAAAUCAGGUGACCUUGUCAUUGCAGUCUCAGAUAUGUUGCAGUCAAUACAAGUGAUGAAUGUUCCUUGAGAACAUGUUUCAUUCCUUCUGAAAGCCAACAUAGCCGUUUGUUCAAAACCUCGGAUGCUGCUAGAUUGCUAAAUUGGGACCGAGACUUCAUGAAUGAAUUUUGUCAUCCUGCUUUUUAAUUUAUAGGACGCAACUAAGUUUGGGAGAGUUUAUGUUAUUACGAUGAAGUUCUCUAUUUUAAUGCAUACACCUUGAAGCUUUAGAUUUCUUUUAGGCGAGCGAGGCGAUAUAGUGGAUAGCUACCCUUUUUUAAGUUGUAUGACAUAUCAGCAUUGUUGUUUUAUAUCUCUGUAGUUUGUAUUAGCUUACCACUUCAAUGUUGGCUAAAAUGUGAAGUUUUCAAAAAGAUUAGUCGCAUAUCAUUAUGCACAAUGUAUUUGUUCUGGGCAAACUCAAUGCUAGUAGAAUAAGUAAAUCGGCAUCCAAGUAUUUUUAGAAGA